ACCAUUUACAUCGAUAUAUAGUUAUUACUAUAUAAUAUAUAAAAUUCGAAUUUUGCUGAAAAGCAAUUAAAAAUUAUUGUGAGAGAGAUAGAAGGUUCUAAUAAAAUUGAAAAAUCAUUAAAUACAACAAUGUCACAGCUGAUGCUGUGUAGCCUUGGAAACAGUUCGAAUGCCGGUAAUGACACGAAUAAUAACGCUAACACAAACAGCAGCAUGGAAGAUGACGAUUCGUAUCCACUUCCCACCAUAUACAGAUGCCGAGCCCCGAUAGCGAGCUUGGACUGCAUGGAAGAGUUCAACAGCGGGGGUGGCGGGGGCGGCGUCGAAGGGCUGGGGAACUGCGGGCCGACCGCUGGAACCAAGGAGCAACUUCUCACGAACUGCAUCGCGGCUCAGGCGCACCGACUCCAGCAUCCAUCGCCGGGCAUCCGGUACCGGAACCUGGGAAAGAGCGGUCUUCGAGUCUCAAACGUCGGCCUGGGUACAUGGACUACUUUCGGCGUUGGCAGGGGCGGGAACGAGGAAACCGCCGAAGCCGUGAUCGCCUUGGCCUACGACAGUGGGAUCAAUGUGUUCGAUCUUAGCGAGGCGCACAGCGGACAUCGAGCCGAGACCCAACUGGGCAGGAUAUUAUCCCGCAGAGCCUGGAACAGAACGACAUACGUUGUUACGACAAAGAUAUACUGGAACACCAAGACCGAAGGACGAGGUCUAUCCCGCAAACACAUUAUCGAAUCGGUUCAGGGCUCGCUUUUACGGCUGCAGCUUUCGUACAUCGACAUCGUAAUGAUCCACAAGGUUGAUCCGAUGUGCCCUAUGGAAGAAAUCGUUCGGGCAAUUAAUUACGUGAUAAGCAAGGGCUGGGUCAUGUACUGGGGCACUUCUCGAUGGUCUCCCGUUGAAAUAAUGGAAGCCUACACGAACUGUAGACAGUUCAAUUGCGUCACACCGAUCGUCGAGCAGGCAGAGUACCACCUUUUCUACAGAGAAAAGCCAGAACUCUACAUGCCGGAGCUGUACAACAAAAUUGGAGUCGGACUCAUGGCCUGGUCGACAGUCACUAUUGGAAUGGUGUCCACCAAAAGUGAAGACUGCGGAAUGUCCUUCCUCUCGAGAUCUUCCUACAAAAACAAAUACUCCUCGUUCAGUUGGACGGAAGAUGAAACCCAGUCUUUGUACAAAGAGUCCGAUAAGUCAAUGUCUAAACGCAACGAGUUUCCGCAGCAGGAAUACGGCUGGAAGGAUAAAUUGGUGGACGAAGAGACUCGAAAGUACUCGGACAAGUUCAGAGAGGUUUCGGCAUUGGCCGAGAGGAUGGGCUGCUCCUUCGGGCAGCUCGCGAUCGCUUGGUCGUUGAAAAACGAGAGUGUCCAGUGCCUUCUGCUCGGUGCAGCGAACACAGAUCAGCUCUACGAUAGCCUCCAAAGUUUACAGCUAAUCCCGAAGCUCAACGCGAGUAUGAUGAGCGAAAUCGAGCGGAUACUCGACAACAAGCCGUCCAGGCCACCGAUGGUGUCCACCUUGGCACUCAGAUGACAAUCGAUUUGCCCCCACGGAAGCAGUGGGGGAUCCAUCGAAGAGGGUGGCAGCCCGAAAAGCGAGGGUGGUACCAGCCAGGACCAGGAACAGACCAAGGAGACGACCAACAAACUUUCCUUCUGCGAGAUCCAGUGACAGUCGGAUCCAUCCCCGACCCAAGCCUCCGAAUCUGCAGCCCAAAUACGACUGCCAGAACUGGCGUCCAACUGCAGUCAAUGCAUCUGCCAAUAGAGGUCGAAUUCGGAGGCACGUG